AUGUCAGGCUUCGGCGACUUCACCAACAUCUGCCACAUGGCGCCACUGCCACUGUGUGCAUCCAUCGGACCCGUCACGGAGGUCACCAGCGGUGUUGGUAUUGAGCCGGACUGCUAUGCGCGCAACAUCGAGUUGGCAAACACCAUCAUCUUCGAGGGUGCCGCUAGUGCCAUGCACAUCGUCGCCCUCCUCAUGACCGUCGUCAUGAUCUUGCACAUCCGCGGCAAGUUUACUGCUGUUGGUCGCAAGGAAAUCCUUAUGUUUUUCUACAUCUAUAUGCUCCUCAGCUUCAUCUCGCUUUGCGUCGACGCCGGUGUCAUCCCCCGGGCUCGGAUCCUGCAGAACGGCUUGACAUCGGCUUUGAUCACUUGCUUAUUGAUCAACGGCUUUGUUGGAUUCCAGCUGUACGAGGACGGCACCCUUCUCUCCGUCUGGCUGCUGCGCGUCUGUUCCUUGGCAGCUUUUGCGAUAUGCUUUCUGGUUUCGCUUGCGACCUUCAAGUCAUGGGCUGGCCUGGGGCCCACCAACACCGUCGGCCUUUUUGUCGUUCUGUACUUGCUGAACGCCAUCGAGCUCUUCGUCUAUAUCGCUCUCCAGAUCCUUCUCGUCGUUAGGACUCUGCAGGACCGCUGGCCCCUGGGUGACAUCGCCUUUGGCGUCUUCUUCUUCGUAGUGGGACAGGUCAUUCUGUAUGCUGUGAGCGCGCAGAUUUGCACCGCCGUUAGCCACUACCUCGACGGCCUCUUCUUCGCCACCAUCUGCAACCUAUUGGGCGUCAUGAUGGUGUACAAGUACUGGGACUCCAUCACUCGCGAGGAUCUCGAGUUCUCUGUUGGAACUAGAAUGAACAACUGGGAGGUCAAGGAGCUGUUGCCCGAGGAGGAUCGCCGAGCGACCGUAUACGCGGAUGACCCUUACGGACAGGCUAGCGGCUACGACCACUCGUACUCCCCGUCGCCGGCGCCAGCGCGCUACUCUGCUCGGUAUUGA